AUGUCAGUGAAGUUGAAGAAAUUGUUGCAUUGGUUCCGUGAACGUAUUAAUUACUACAAUGCCUUUAUACCUGAUGAAAAUGAAUACGAUGAUACACUUAAUGAGAGUGAAAAUCAACUAACAAUCGUAAAACAUCAAUUAUAUGCUACUCGGUUAUAUAUUCCACUGCUCAUUAUCACUGUUUACAUUAUCACUUUUGUCACAAUCAUUACACCACAAACUGAAUUAAUUACUGUUUCAAACAUCGAUGAAUCACUUUUCAAUAAGCUUUAUCACAAACAUGCUAAUUCACUCUCGUGCUUAUGUUCGACAACCGCUGUACCAUAUGCAAAUUUUACUACACAUACAAUUUCAUUUCAUCCGAUAUGUUCAAGUGUUUAUGUUCGGGAAGAAUGGAUCAAAGCACUUUAUCUAUCGCAUUCAAGUACAUUCUUAGUUAUGGAUUUUCGAACAUCUGCUAGUUCUCAAUUUGAACUUCUUGCUGCUUUAUGUCAAAUCUCUCAGAAUACAGUUGCACAAUCUAUGAGUGAAUUCGAUAAUAAACAAUUUAUUACCGUUGAACUUCUUACAGAAGAUAAAGUUCAUUCUCAAGUCAUGGCAUAUGUGAAUUUUAUGCGGACUAACAUACCUACAGAAGUGACGACACCAUUAGAGUAUCUUCAAAUAAUAACACAAUCAAACAGAAUGAUUACUGCACUUAAUACUAAUAUACAUGUUCAAAUAGAUUAUGAUGACUCUGAUGAAUCGGUUUAUUCUCUCGAACCACAGACAACUUAUUAUUUUGACGAUAAUGUAAUUACUAUAGCAAGUUUAUUUAAUUCAGGUUGCUCUAUAAAAAAUUCCAUAGCUCCAGCUGAUUUUUAUCCAAUAAUGUCGGAUUAUCAACGUGUAAGGAACCAUAUUAUAUGGCCUAAAAACCCUCCAUACUGGGAACCGGUUGCUACUUCAAUAGUCGAUGGUUUUUUUGGAGGAUGUAAUCCACUUGAUGCAUUACUUGCAAGUACAUUUAAUUGUCUUUAUAAUGUCAGUUGUUUGAAGAAUUUUAUUGAUUAUUUUCCAGGUCUCAAUCAAACAAACUUCAAUUGGUCUGAUGGUUUGCCAGCAUCAAGUCGACGAGAUAUUUCUCUAAAAAGCCUUUUGAAUGAUUUACUUAUAGAAGAAUGGUCACCGGUAAUUAGCUAUUCCAAAUAUUUUAUUUCAUGCGGUACAACUGUUUGUACAUAUAAUCGAAUCAAUAAAAUGAAUAUUUCUUAUACGAUUACCUUUUUACUUGGCUUUCUUGGUAGUGUUACCAUUCUACUUCGUUUACUAUCACCACUUCUCAUCAAAAUGUUCUCCAAACUUCGAUACUGUUCAUUUCAUCACUCGAUUCAUUUUGUAAGAAAUAUACCCAAAUUAUUUAUGAUUUUGAAACAGUUAAAUAUGUUCAAAUCAAUAAAUAAUCAAACACCAUUCGAUAUUCAUAAACAACGUAUCACGACACGAAUAUAUUUGAUCUUACUUACAAAGUUCCGACAAGAAAUAAUUAUAGUUUACGGUGCAAUAUUUAUCUUACUAUCAUUUACACUAUCACGAGUUCAAAUUGAAACGAAAGUUCUAACAAAUCCUUCAAUAGAAAAAUUCGAAUAUUUACAAAGUUUACAUUCGGAUUCAUUAAAAUGUCCAUGUACAAGUAUAGUAAUACCUUAUAAAAAGCUCAUGAUAUCAUCACCAACUCUUCAUCAAGUGUGUUCAAGUGACUUUAUGAGUCAACAUUGGAUCAGAUUAAUGGGAUUUUCUGAUGAUAUAUCUGGGAUUCGUCUGGCAUGGCGUGGUUUUAGUGUUCGACAUUUUCGUCUGCUAUUUACCCUCUGUCAACUAGCUAAUUCCAGCGUUAAUGAUGCGCUUCAACGUUUUGCCACUCAAUCAUUUAUCACAUUAAAUGCAAUCUCAAAAGAUGAUUUCAAUAUCCAAACAAACAUUACUUUCUAUCAAUUUAUUCAAUUAUUCAUUAUAAAUUUUGAUUUGCUUGUUAAUUUGGGACAACUAUUUACUCAAAUAGAUCAACCGUAUACAAUAGGUGAUAAUGCAAAAUUUAUUGAUCGCCCCUUACGAAAUAAGACAAAUGAUGAACACAUUCUACCGUUACCAUUACAUUUAACUGGAGUGAAAACUAUUAAAACAUCAUCGGUUGAUUGUAUUUGUGCUACUGAUCCUGACUGUCAAACUCCAGUUGCUGAUCCUGUAGACAGAUAUAAUUCUGUUCCUACAGAUAAUUAUUAUGACGUACCAGGAGCAGUGAUGGGCUGUUUUGUUCUUGAUUCUUUACUACGAUCAACUCUUGAAUGUUAUUAUUCAGAGUCGUGUUUGGCCGUUCACUAUAAAUAUAUAAAUUAUUCAUUUUUACUUUAUGAUACAGGUUUCUCAUAUUUUAAGGCACGCUUACUUGUUCAUGAUCCUAUAGGAAGUCGUUUUCUUCCAAAUACAACACUCGACAAAAUAGUAAAAGAAUUAAUGGUUGAACAAUGGCACACAUCAUUUUUAUUUGAUCACUAUUAUAAUUCUUGUGCACCUAUCAAGUGUAUGUAUCCUGAAGAAAUUUCCGCUAAUACUUAUGUUGAAACAAUGGUAAUAAUGAUAUCAUCAAUUGGUGGUCUUAUUGCAGCGUUUCGACUUAUUAGUACACUAUUAGUCACAAUUUAUUUUCGUCUAUUCAAGAACGGAAAUGAUCAAUCACAAAAAAAUCACAAUCAUGUUCAUCUAUCAUCGUUUGAACGAAUAAGAAUGAAAUCAAGAAUGGUAUUCAAGAAAUUGCAUAUUUUGUUAAUUAAUCUCAAUAUUUUUCCUCUACGCACAUUUGGAAGACAUUUUGAUCAAAGAAAAGCAAUGUAUUUUGGUAAAUUAACAACUCGUCUUUAUAUUGUUCUGAUGUUAAUAAGUAUCACUAUCUUGACAUUUUACAAUGGUAUCAAACCACGUACUUUAAUAAAUAUCUUUGAGAAUCCAACUCAUAACAUUUAUGAAAGACUUUUAAUUACUCAUGGUGAUACGCUUCAAUGUCCUUGUUCAGUCAUUUCAUUAACAUACAGACAAUUUGUCAAUAUUCAGCCUGUUUUUCAUCCGGUAUGCACAAGCCCAUUUAUAUCAGAUGAAUGGCGCAGAAAUAUUACAACUAACCUUGUUCCUGAUCUUUCUGUUUAUUCGAAUCGAGAUUAUCGUCGUUUUCUAUCAUCACAUUUACAAUUCCUUUCACAAUUAUGUUAUCGAUCUAUGAAAUCAGUAAACAAUUCUAUCGAUCAUUUUCUUUCUUCAUAUUUUGUAAGUAAACUACUUCUACCAAACAACAAACUACAAGCAGAGAUUAAUUUAUUCAUUAAUCAAAAUAAAUUAAAUACUCCAGUUUCUUUCAUGCGAUAUUUUUCAUUAAUUCGAUCAGUGAAUCAUGGUAAUGCUAUUGUUUCAGCUUAUGAAAGUAAUUAUAUAUUUGUUAAUCCUUGGAUUAAUGAAAGCAAAUCGGUUGCCAUCACUAAAGCAAUCAGCUAUGAUGGUAAUUGUUCGUGUGCAUUAAAUUUAAAUUGCACUAUACAAGCUGAAUUUGUACAAAACAAUUCAGAUGAAAAUAUAAAAAUUAAAGGUUUAAAAAUGGGAUGUACACCAACUGAAGCAUAUCUUGCUUCAACAUUAGAAUGUUUUUAUGAUUCGGAUUGUAUUCAUUUGAUGUUAGAAAAUAUAAACAAUACUAAUAGUUUUAUUGAUGUGAAUACUCAUUCUUCUCUUCGUAUGAAUAAUAGUCGAUUUUUAAUGAAUACAACUAUAUUGAAUCUUAUUAAUGAUCUUUUUAUUGAGAAUUGGUUAACAACCAUUGAUUAUUCAACUUAUUUUAAUCAAUGUUUACCAACAUCAUGUUCAUAUACAUAUACGCAAAAAUUAAAUUCAUUCUAUACAUUAACUAUUAUUCUGGGUCUCUUUGGCGGUCUCUCAUUUGUCUUAAAAUGGAUAUGUCCUAAGAUAAUCCUUCUUGUACUGAAACUUGAUCAAUAUAAUAAAAAACGAAAUAAUAUUAUAUCAAUAGCAACAGUAACUACUGAAAACUCUAUGGCAAUAUCAAAUGCGAGUGGCUCUCAAAUGAUACCUACAAAUUCUUCAUCUUUAAGACCAUCUACAACAUCGAUACAUUACUAUUUUCUUUUUGGAAUAAUAUUAUUUAUCUUUCUAAUAGCAAUUGCGAUUGUAUUAACAAUUCUUAUGAAUCGACAGAUCAACUCGUUCCAUACAAUAACUUCAAUGUUAACAACAAGUACACCGAGAAUGACAACAAACGAUCCAAAUAUUUCAACAGCAACAACAGUUUCUGCUUCAUUAGCUCUAUUAUGUCCAUUGACAUUUCAACAACUAGCUCUAUUUACAAUUGGUUCCAUCGAACGAUUAUCUUCAAUAGGUACUGGCGAUUUCAAUAAUGAUACUUAUUUAGAUCUCGCUGUGGUUGGAGCUCGUGGUUCUACGACGUAUACGAUUGAAGAACGCGUUGAUACAAUUCCAUUAAUCGUUGCUGAUCUUAAUAAUGAUGAUCGGGUAGAUAUUGGUGUUUUUCUUGCGAGAUCCAUUAGACAAAUAGGAACAUAUAUUAGUAAUGGUGAUGGAACAUUUCAGAGUUUAGCGACAUUUCCGAUUAGUCCUUCGAAUAAACCACAUUUCGGUUUUACUGUCGGAUACUUUAAUAAUGACGAUUACUUAGACGUUGUUGUAUUUGAUCGUGGUUUAAGCAUAAUAUAUGGCAGUAGUAAUGGUAUUGUUAAUGCAGUAGAAUUAAUAAUCACAAACAGUAUCUCAAUACCGUCAUUUAUUGGUUCUGGUGAUUUCAACAAUGAUCAUCAGAUGGAUUUAGGUAUACUUGAUGAUCUUCACGACGAGUUACAAAUUGUUCUCAAUAAUGGUGAUGGAGAUUUUCAACAAUCAAUAUUGUUGUCUUUUGAUCCCUUUAGUUCACCAAAUUCGUUUGCUGUAGGUAAUUUUAACAAUGAUCAUCAUCUGGAUCUGGUUGUUGCCAACCAUCGCAAACAUAACAUAGUGAUAUUGUUGGGAAACAAUAAUGGUACAUUUGAAAAACAAAUUGUUUUGUCAACUGGCUCAUAUAGUGGUCCGUAUUUGGUACUUGUCGAUGAUUUCAAUAAUGAUAAUCGUUCGGACAUUGCUGUAACUCUUUCAAACUUGCAUGCUAUAGGCUUUUGGGUUGGCUUGGGCGAUGGAACGUUUCUACCACAAAUAACCUUUUCAACUGGUACAAGAAGCAUUCCAAAUGUAUUUGUUAAAGGUGACCUAAAUAAUGAUGGUAAAUUAGACGUUGUUAUCUUAGACACUGAAAGCACCAAUCUAGUGAUUUUAAUGAAUACAUGUAGCUGUUAA